GGCGACGGGGCUAGGAGCAUUUUCAGAAUUUACACUAUUGCCUGCUAUUGCUCCUAUUGCUACUCACGAGCGCAGAUGUCCUAAACUUGUAAACUGCUCCGAAAUGUCACUGCGAUUUUCUUGGAACUGGAGCAGUCACAUACUGCGACGUUGGUGGAGCUGUGACAAAGUAGCGGACUGCGAUUUCACAACCCACCUCUACUUGACACUUCUUCUUGUAUUUAUUAUUUUAUGGCCACGACUUCAGGACUAAAUUAAUUAAAUUAAUCUGAAAUCAUUUUCGUUAGUAUAUUCUGUGCCUGAAAUUAACUACUACAAACUGCUAAAAACAAUGGAAGGAUUAUUAUUAAUAAAAGAAUGCAAGUAUUGCCACGAAAACUUAAAAUCUUGUCUAGAUGAAGGAAUUGAAUGUAUUGUAUGUAAUUCUAAUGUCCAUGCUGGUUGCCUUAAGCGGGGCUCAGUCCCUGGUGGAUUACACGGAGACCUAUUUUAUAAUUUUACUUGCCAAGAAUGUUCAGAUAUAGGCAGCGAAAAGUUUGUUAGGCAGAAGUUGUCUUGGCUGCAAGUCAUCACAUUGUCUUUGUAUCAUUUGGGGACAAAAAGUGCUGGUUUAGCGCGAAAUGGGUUCUUUCAUUGGCGGGAUCAUAUAGUGGCAUUCAUUGAUCGAAAUUGGGAUAUUCUUUUCCCAAAUGAAAUCAAACGCAAAAAAAAGUGGAUUGGUACAGUUGCAGGAAGGUUGUCUCAUUACAGCUCAUACUUAUUUCUAUCUGGAGGAAAAACAGUUAUUAACAAAACAGCUUGGUGGACCCUUAUGUACCCCAAAAUUACACCCUUAGUUUUAUCUAACAUCUACAAUGUAAUGAAUUUAGAAAAGCAAAAGGCUAAAUCAAGGAAUGAAAAAAGAGUUACAUCAGAUGCUGAGAGUUUUGAUGCUCUUCUAAAGCAAUAUGUUCCUGAUGAAAAUCUUACUAAAAAAUUUGAUAUAUCAAGAAGGCACAUAAACAGUAUAGAAAAUAUUGAUGAGGUUGAUAAUCAAACAGAAAAAAAGAAGCAAAAAAGUAUUAAAAGAAAAAUUCUGUUACCUAAUUAUAAAGACCUUCCAAAAAAAUUAAUGAAAUUCACUCCUAUUUCAUCAUUGACAGAAGAGCCUGUUUUUUAUGAUAAUCCCUCUGAGCAAAUACCAAUCCAGAAAAGUCAGAAUGGGCCUUCAAUGAAGCCAUUAAAGUUAUUGGAUCCUAUGUGUUAUUACAAUACAUCCCUAAAUAAUAUUUCAAGAAUGAAGAUGCAAAAAAUGCAUGUAAAACUUACAGGAAAUAUAAGAAAGGAGAUAACACUCUCUCCGUAUAGUGGUAUAUAUUUAAAACCUUACAUCAGAAGAGAUGUAGAUACUUUUCCCUCAUGGUUAAAAUUAAUGGCAGAAAUACAGCUGACCGCCAACAAAACCGAUCCAGAAUUUAUUUUGAAUCCUAGAGCUCCAAUAGACUAUACGUAUGUUCAACCUGAACAUAUUCCUGCUAUAAAUAGUUUGUGCAAUCAAUUUUUCUGGCCUGGGAUUGACUUAACUGAAUCUCUGCAAUAUCCAGAUUUUAGCUGCGUGGCUUUGUACAAGAGACUUAUAAUAGGUUUUGCCUUUUUAGUUCCUGAUGUUAAGCAUACAGAGAAUUAUAUUUCCUUUGUAUUCACAAGACCAGGAUGGAGGAAUUGCAGUAUAGCCAAAUUUAUGGUGUACCAUCUAAUACAAACAAGUUUGGGACGAGAUAUCACGCUUCAUGUCUCAAUCAACAAUCCAGCUUUAUUUUUGUAUCAGCAGUUUGGAUUUAAAGUUGAAAAUGUGGUUUUAGAUUUCUAUGAUAAGUAUUUUAGAACUGACGUGCAGGACUCUAAACAUGCUUUCUUUUGUCGUUUAGAACGCUAAGAAUAUUUUAUAAAAUAAAACCCUUUUUUUGGAAC